GUCCCAAACCUUAUCUCCCAACGUUACUGCCGCUGCCGCUGGACCCCCUCCCGUUCGGCAGCGACUCCUCCCGACCGCCACCUCUCCCUCGCGGCGGCCGGCGGCGAGUUCGACGCCUGCGCCAGGGUUCAGCAGACGGCGGCGGCGGCGGCAGCAAGACCGCAACCCUGCGCCGGUCUAGAUUCGGACGGCGGCGACUCCUCAGUUUCAUUUGAAGAUUGGCAAUCAUGGAGUGGGCUUUAACUGAGGUCCCUGGCAACCUGAUUACGUCCAUCCAGGACACCACAGUUAAUGUGAUGGCUGCCAAGAUUGAGCCCAAGCUAGCAAACACACUCAUUAGGAAUGCUGAUACCUUUCUUUGAAUUUUUGCGGAUGCGACUAUCCUACAUCUUUCUAUCUUUGCAGUUGAGCCAUAUAUGCCCUUUGGAGAAUCUGAGGCAUGUAAAGCGGGUCCGUCGACGUACUGAAUGCGGAAAAUCUGAGCUAUCAAUAAUCUUAUGUCUUUCCACUGGGUAUGAAACUUGUAACAAACAGCUUCCUGAUGAUGUGCAAAAGAUAGUGGAUACUUAUCAGUUGAAUCCUUUCACUGCUAAAGUUUCCAAGUGUCCUGCUACAUCAAAAGAGGAAUGGGAAGAACAAUGCAAACUUUGGCCAACUUCUUACCAUCCUGCACAUGACCUUGAUAUUGUCCGUGGAUUUCAAGAGGAGGAAUUACCAUCAAUAUUUAAUUGCAUGAAGACUGCUAUUCAAUUAUCAAAGGUAGGCAAUGCUGCCGUUAUUGUUGAUCCAUCAAGUACACAAAUAAUUGCAAAGGCUACAGACCAGACACACCAGCAUGAUACUUCUGAUGAAGGAAACAAAUUUUCUGAAGUCAGAACAAAUGAUACCUGCUCUUUGAGUGAACCAACUGAUAAUGAUGGCAAUUUGUUACUUCCAAGAUUCUUUUUGUCUAAACCCAACAGUUUGAACAUGGAAGUAUCAUGUAUAAAUCCUUGGGGAUGGACGAAACAAAGGACUAUGGAGCAGAAGCCAUUGCCCGGUGAAGGCUGUUUUGCAUGGCAUCCUCUAAGACAUGCUGCCAUGGUUGCCGUUGAAAAUGCUGCUGAGAGGGAUAGAACGAUGUUCCCUUCUUCAACUUCAAUAACGAAGCCAGGUUCAAAUUGCAACCUGGAGAACUAUAAUGAACCGGCAAAAAGGCUAAAGGCAGAUACAAAAGAUAAAGAGCAAUCAGCAGAUGAAUCAUGCUAUGGCAACUUGUCCGAAACAAGCAGACCAUAUCUGUGCACAGGAUUUGAUAUCUACCUUGUUUGGGAACCAUGCGCAAUGUGUGCGAUGGCACUUGUACAUCAUAGAUUCAAGCGUGUGUUCUACGCUUUCCCUAAUCCGGUUAAUGGAGCACUCGGUGGAGUCUACAGGCUGCAUGGGGAGAAAAGUCUUAAUCAUCACUACAACGUAUUUAGGAUUUCAGUACCUGACGCAUACUUGAAUGGUUUGAAUGAUGGUUCAAAACAACGCUGAUGCAAUAGAACCUCCUGUUUCCAAUUUUCUUGGAGGAUGGAUCCAUGGGUUUCUGUUUUGCAGCAUGGAUGUCAUUUUUGGUACAAGGGCUUCAGAGUUCAGAUUAGGCUUCCAUGAUAGUGUCCUGUUGUAUCAUUAGAAUAUUACCUUUGUUUUAUCACUAAAAUUUGCUCCAUCUUUUCUCAUUAAUAUAAUUGGAUGCUAUUGACUUCUUA